UACCACUUACUUUUGGCUCAAGAUAAAUUUACUUACACAAUCAUUUGCUCAUGAAAAUCAGUUGAAGUUCCUUUAUUAGUAUCUAUAGUUUAAAACAAUAUUCUUAAGACAUACAUAUCAUCUUUAGUCAUGAUACACUGUAUAGCAAACUGUUUGUUUCCCCAAGAAAUUAUUAAUGAUUAGAUGUUGCACGGUAAUGUGGAAAAUAAGAGCCAAGACACAGUGACCAUGACAGACCCGUAUGAGCAGCAACUACGUGCAGUGUUUGAGAGUUGUGAUGUGAGAGGCGUCGGCAAGCUCGACUCAGAUGGUUUGAUGAAGCUAUGUGACCAGUUACACCUGGAGGAUGGCCGAUGUCAGCUAAUGGAAUGUCUACUGCCGGCCUUCACAUUUGAACAGUUCAGAGACGCACUGCUUGCAUUGCUUGCUGCCUCCCGUAGACAAUCGGACAGAGAACCUUCACCAGAACGGGAGGUGUCCCCAAAAUUUGUGUUUGGCCAGAAAAAGUAUGGGCGCAGAUCAAGACCAGAAAGUACUGAUCAAGAAGAUGACGAUGAUGAGAAUUAUGAUAAUGAUGUUGAAAAUGAAGAUCCUUUUUUGCCUCUCUGUGAGGACAAUAUUUCAACAAAGAAAAAGCCAAGCAGUUUGUUAAUUGACGACUUUGAUUUGAACGAAAGAGAUUCUGUGAUUACGCCAACUUCUGUACAGGCUGUUAUUUUGGACAAAGAAGAGAUUGAGUCACCGAGGGGCCAAGGAGAGGCAGAGCUACGCAAGGCUUGGAGGAAACUAGGAGUGGGAACUGAUGGAUACCUCGACCCAACAGAACUGGCCCUGGUGUGUAGGGCAGUUGGCAUGGAGAAAAUGGCAGAUGAGGUGGUCAAGCAGGUUUUUGCCAAGCUGGACGUGGAUGCUGAGGGGAGGAUAAGUUUUGAAGAGUUCCUGGAGUUGUUCCGCAGUACACACACGCAGACGCAGUCCGCAGACAGUGAUAGUCCUCGGAACAUUCAGCCCUCGUCCUUCCAACAUCAGCAUCUCUCCAGCCUGGACGUCACUUCCUCUGGUUACGUGAGCAGUGAGAGCCUAGUAGACCUGUGGGAAGCCGGGGGAGUCGUCAACGCUGCAUCACUGCUACUUGACCUCGGUGUGUCCAACCCAGAGGUCAACCUGACCUCACUGUCAGCUGUGUUGGAGGAGGAGGUGCGCUCCAUGGCUACCAAGACUGCCAGUGUCUCUCCUCAGGUCAACGCCCUCACUGCCGCCCUUGUGCUUGCUCAGACACAGCUCAAGUGGACCAGGUCUUGCCUGGAACAGAUGACAGGGGAGAGAGACAAACUUCACAGUGAUCUGGCGGAGGCCAAUCAGAGAGCUGCACUGAUAGCUACGGAGGUGGAUGAUAGACACGCACGUAUGGAAAGAGCCUCACAGACACAGAUCAAGCUGUUGGAGCAGAAACACGCGGAGCAAGUGAAACAGCUGAGCGCACAGCUGGCUGUAGACAGAGAUCAGCUGACUGCCACUACGCUGAGACUGGAACAGAAACUGGCUUUGCAGCAGGAGGAGGAGGCUAGACUUCGGGCGGAGUUAAACACCCUACAACAGGACUUUGAAGUGAUGGAGCGAGAAAACCAAGCACUGAGUGAACAGCUGGCAGACUAUGUAGUGUACAAGAACAAGUCUGAGAGGGAUGGCCUGCAGAUACAACAAUUGCAGCAGAGGGUGCAAGAUUUGGAGGGUAAUAGUGAGCAGGUGCAGAGUUUGGUUGAACAGUUGGCCAAACUGCAGACGGAAAACACCAACCUUCGCGACCGCAAUGAUGAACUAACCAUACAAGUGGAGAACCUGACCGCCCGGCCCAUCUGUAAACGUCAGAACAGCAGUGGGUCAGUGGAGGGGUCCAGUGGUGGUACCAAGCGGAGAGGUCACUCCCCCCUGGCCUGUCCCGUGCCAGACUCCUGGGAACAGGACAGUCCACGUCUAGGCAAGGUGCGGAGAUACUGCACAGACACAGACCUCUCACUAGACAGUGUCCAGCUGGAAGGCUUGGCUAUUGGCAGGACCAUGCGCCACAGUGAGAGUGGACUAGAGGCAGACUUUGACACUUUGGAUAACUCUCUCACUCUUUCCUCCCCCUCAAUUGACAAGGUAACCUUCAACAUUGGAGGAUGUGAUGAUGCUUACCUCAUAGAAAUCGAGAAUCUUCGAGCAACUGUCGCAGAACUCCAGAAAACUAAUGAUGAAAUGAAGACAAAAUUAGCGACUCAGUCACAACUAGACUCCAUGAGCACAACAGAAACUUCUGCGAUGCAGUUGGCGAGUGAAGGCGUUGCUGUGAAGGAAGAGAAGUCAGCUGUUGACGACUCGUGUGGAAGCUCCAGUCUGUUUGCUACUACCUUGAAGACAGAAUCCACUGAAGUUCAGACAUCGUUUGACGACACAACAGAUGUCAACCAAUUAGAGAGACAUUGCCACGAGCUGCGACACACAUUAGACGAGGUGCAACAAGAAGUACUCAAAAUAUUGUCGGAGAAGAGAGCUUGUAACGAGGAGAACUGCGCUUUGAAACAGAGAAUUCAACAGUUGAGCAGAAGGUUGCCGAAGACAUUGACCGAGGAUGUGGCGAGUUUGGAUGAAAAUGUCAGCGGACCUUUGACUUAUACUAUAUCUAACAAUCUAGACACCGUCGUUCCUAGUGCGAGUGAGAAUAUAAACUCCCCGAAUAACGUAGCACUAAAGUGUUUUCCCUUUUUCGAAAAACAAGGAAGUUUGAAUUCAUCCUAUUGUCUUUUCCCCGCCAAAGAUGUCAAGGACAACGGAAGUUUUAAGUUUGAGAAUCUUUCACAGUUCGCAUUUGAACUUUCUCAGUCGCUCAGUGACGCGAAUUUAGCCGUCAGCCCUCUUGCGGUGUCUGAAGUGAAGCCUUUAUCCCCGUGCCUUAGUGAAGAGAAGUGUAGUGUAAUAGGUAAACUGGCGUAUGAGAACAGUAAUGAGGAAAGUGACAUGGACAAGUCCAAAGAUAAUGACAAGACUGAAAUAUUGAGACUGACCAAGGAGAACACAGAGUUGAAAGAGAAAUGUACCGAACUGGAAAAUGCUCUAGAACUGAUGAGAGAGGAGUAUGAGAAAUGUGAAGACUAUUGGCAAGGGAAACUAAAUGAGGAGAGAACCAUAUUUUACCAGGAGCAAAAAGUGAGUGAUGAGAAGUUUGUGGAGCUAGAAACUAAGAUUCAAGAAUACGCAGAACUGUUUGGAAUGGACGAAAGAAGACUUAGUGGCAGACUCCCGACCAUAGACGAGAAAGAUAACUUGGAGAAGCAGGUAACUGACUUGGAAGAGGAGUUUGAGGAAUACAAGAAAGUUGCACAAAAAGAAACCCAACAAAAAACAGAGGUUAUUGAAAGGUUACAGUCACAGUUAGAAGAAAUGCAUCAACUACAUUACCAAAAAGAUGUUCAAGAUACCGGUAUACAAGUAGCUCUGUCUAGUUGUGAAUUCAGACUCCACGAACCAAAAUCAAACUCAAAUACAAAGCUGAGCGUCCCAUCAAUAGAGGUGACUGGGCCGGGAGGUGUAGAAUGCUGUUGUCCUUGCCACACGGGUGCGAUGUCGCGUAAACACAUGUCGCGCCUGCGCGAGUGUCGCACGCGACUACAGACAGAGUGUGAGAUGCUCCACAGACGACGGGAGAUUCUACUUCACCAGAUGACUCAGUUGCAGCGUACCAACCUGAUAUACACUCCAUCCAUGGGGGAUCGCCGGCUGGCAUCAGACGUGGAGAUGUUUCACAACCUCAGUUCUCGACUGCGCCAUCAGGAACUUCGUUGUCGCCAUCUACAGUCAGCACUUAAACAUCACCAACGCGAGACAGAUAAGCUGUUACAGAAUGCGUGGGACCAGCAUAGAUUGGACCUCAGCUCUAUUCAGAAAACACUCCAUACAACACAAGAGAAACUAAUUCAUCAGACAAAAUUGUGCAAACAACAGAUGGAGAGGCUGUCAGCAGCAGAUGUGCUUGUGAAGGACCUGUACAAGGAGAACGCUCAUCUUACAGCGCAAGUACUCAAGUUAGAGGAACAGAACAUGUUUGUAGACCAGUCUAUACUUGGCAGCACUGUAUAGCAGCCACGGCUCAACAUGGCGUGUGUUGUAUAAACUAGCAAGUACUUUUUAAGAAACUAUGCAAAGAGCAUACUCACCUGACUGGAGUAUGCAAGUUGGAACAAAACAUAUUUGGACAUCAUUCUAUAGGCCUACUAUUAUUGAGUAUUAACUUUUAAAAUAAUUAUUCUGUCUCGCAUCUCGUUUCCUUGAAUGUUUGGCGGUUGUAUCCUUGUCUAUUGGGGAUGUGUCGGUACCUAAGGGAAAUUCUCUACCGGUUUUUUUGUGGACAGUACCAGUACCGGUUAUGAAAGAAUACUGAAGUAAAAAUUUAAGCAAUACCAGCAGGACACAAGGCUAUUGGUGGGCACAGCCUUACGUAUAUGGUUACAGGCUGCAGCAUCAAACUGUGGUAUGUUGGUCAGGAACAGCGACUGCCUGGGGUGGGGGG